AUGAAAAUUAAAUCUUAUAAUUUGGUCCUUGUAUGCAUUUUUUUGAUAUUUAUUAUAUUACCUACAGAUUGUGCCACAUCAAAUUUUACAUACUUUGAGAGUGGUGAAAAAUCUAGAGUACCCAACUCACCACCUCGUGUAAUAGAUAUUGGAUCUUAUAAUGACGGAACAGCAGUAGUUCAAAUAAUUCGUAGAAACACCUCUGCGACUCCUCCAACAGGAACUGUCUGCAUUGAAUCAUUAUUAUCAUUACGUGUUAUUCAUUUAAAUGGAAGCGUAACAGAAAUUGAUGUUGAUUUAGGGAUUCAAUACUUAAAUUAUUGUUUUACAAGUGUAGCAAAAAGGCCUAUGCGUUUUUACCCGUUAUAUAACGACCUCAUUUUAUUAACAUAUACAAAUGCUACGGAUGAGGGAAAUUAUUCGACAUAUUACGAAUGGGGAAUGGUUAUUAAUUGGAGCGGAAAGAUCUUGAGCUCAAUAUCCUUCUCGCAGUCAUACGUGAACCCAGAAACUCUUGCUUGGUCGCCUAAUCUUGCCGCCAUAGUACUAAAUAUUGAUCCUAGACAGGGAUUUAUCCGCCAAUCUCAAAUAACCAGACAACCUGUGUCUGAAUGGAAGCAAUAUGAUGUUGAUGAUAAUGGACAAAUCUCAUUUUUAUCCGGAGAUAUAAUUAGGUCGUCUUUAAACAUUAGUACAAUAAUUGGCACUCUAGACGGAGGCUAUGCCAUUGUGUUCGCUAAUGUUUCUAACUCUAAUAUAAGUCUUAAUGACCCAUUUGCGGUUCGUGCGGGAUUGUAUGCUAUAUUUUUGGCACGUAAUCAACCAAAUACGGGCAUUCCUUAUGCUCUAUUCCAAUCUUCAUUACCGAACUUAAAUACUAGUUAUGUAAGAUGCUCUGUAGAUCAUUCUAGUGUCGGACAUAUAUGCACAUUAACCAUAGAACAAACGACGAACACUACUUUUGCAAACCUUGCAAACUCCACACGAUCUCUUGUCACUCCUUCUUUUAAUCCAUUUUACAUAAAAGUUCGUUUUCUCUCUUCAGGGUCGGUACUGUCUUUAUCUUCAAUUGAAAAAUUGAAUCCUGACCCAAGCAUUGCCGAAUAUCGCGUCGAAGCACUGACUUAUGGAGGUUAUGUGUUAACGGCUUACAACAGCGGCAAUUUAAGUUUUUAUCUUUAUUUGUUUGAUGGUUCCGAUAACCUAGUUGGAUGGGAAUUACCUGAACCGCAAUCCGCUAAUUUUGCCGAUCAUGGAUAUCGUAAUUUCCAGGUUAACUUGUCAAAUCCAGAAAUAAAUUCCACCGUCCCGUCGAAUAUCUCUAGCAUUUCUAUCACAUAUUACGAUCAAGUUGAUUUAUCGCAAGGAAAUCUUACUAUAUAUCAAUUUAUUGAUUCUGAUAAUGCGAUUGUUCGACAAAUCGUCUCCGGUGAUAGUCAAUUUUGCACUCUUUCUCCUGAUGGCAAGACUGUGACUAUUAAUGUAAUAUCCAGUACUUUCAAUGCUCCCGGCCAACAAUAUUAUGUACAAGUUGAUAACAAUUUCGUAAGGAGUAAAUCACUUAAGGAGCCUCUUCUGGGUGUUCAAGCUCGGGAUACACAAGGAUUGCUACGUUUAACACCAAGUGGAACCCAACUGUUUCAUCAAAUGAACAGUAGUUCUAAAGCUGCCUUUUUUGCAUCCUUAAAAAGUCAACUUUCUCAGAUGAUUCCUGUGAAAUUAGAUAGAUUAAGUUCUAGUGAAAAUUCUCAAGUUAUUAAUAGUGGAACUCCUUCGGAACAAGCUGUAAUUUCGAUUACUAUCAGUGAACCGAAAAAUAAUACAGAAAGAAGUGUUCCCUUAGUUAUACAUGAUUUAAACUCCAUGAUACAAAACAGUGAUAUAACUAUGAUCUCUAAUGGAAAUGCCACAAGAUAUUUAGAUAGAGGCUAUGGAUUUAUAGUAUCUCCAAACUUAUUUGAAAAAUAUAAGAUCAAGUUAGUUGGAUUAUUUGUAGCUUUGUGCGUAUUUAUAGUAUUAUUCUUAGGCGCUCAACGAAAAGAACCAAAUGGACAAAACUUUGCUAUUCUUCAACUUGGUUUAAUCGUAUUUGAUUUGGCCAUCCAUCUACUUUUUGUCAUCAACAAUUCAAAAGACAUUCCAUGGCUUUUCAUUCCAAGUGUUGUCUUUUUAGUUGUUCCUGUCGUACUGAAUACACUCAUAGCAUUUUGGAUUAUUAUGGAGGAAAACUCUAACCCAAAAUUCUUUGCAUGGUUUAAUAAAAAUGGAAAAGUUGCUUCGAUAUUUACAUUACUGGCAGCUUCUGAUAUUGAAGCAUUAAUGAUUUUACGAUCAAAUUUAGCAGGGUUUCGAUUCUUUCAGGCACCAUUUUCUAAGAUUGCAUUGUCUAGAAUCUUUUGGACUGCAUCUUUAAAUAUUUUUCUAGAGGAUAUACCUCGAGUAGUUAUUCAGGCCAUUUACUUUAAUUAUACUGUACAAUACGAUCUUAUUCCCUUGCUUACUUUAGUGUCUUCAUGCAUAACUCUUUUGGUAAACUUGAUUGGCCGUACUUAUGAAGGAGUUUACAGAAUCCGUCACCAUGGCAUCCCAAGUCAACCAGACUCGGAUGACGAAGAUGACAACUUUGGAGGUUCUAAAAAGAAUAUGGAUGUUAAAGAAAAAAGAAGAAGUGGAAGUGGUAAAGAUAAUGAAAAAGAUGAAUAUAAUAAGUAUAGUACUCCCGGAGAUAAUUACGCAAAAGAUGAUUACUCUUGGACUGAUAGUGUAACUAGGGCUUCGACUAUGACUAGUAGUGAUGAAACUAGAUUGUCUAUGAUUAGUGGAGACAAUAGAGCAACUAGAUCAGUUUUUCGGGAAUCAUUUAGUUAA